UUCGGAUGCUGUUUUGGGGCAUGAGAUGGGGAGACAAUCUCCAAGCUUGGACUAUCUUCUCAGAGUCUGCGCCGUGAACUCAUGGCUUCCAUUGUGAGCAAGGCUCAUAUAUCCGUAUCCUAGGUUCAGCUUGGGCUGAUCUCGCGGCCCCGCCCGCUCAGUGAGGCUUCGUGGGGCACCUGAACCCUGAAACAAGGCAAUACCAAAAUGUGGGGAAGCCUGGGCCUGUCUCAGUUCUCACUCAUCAGCAACUCUCAACAUCACCAAGUACCCACGACAUCUUACAGGGCUUGAUUGAUUCGGAGUGGACACUUGAGAGGCUUUCACUCAACUGCAACUGCUUCUAUCUGUCAUCCAAAUCGCAAAUAACCGGACUGUACAAAGCUGCAAUUCACAUUCUGACACCAUCCCCGAAGGCCCACAUCCGAAAAGCGACAGAACAGAUCGCAUCAACAACUCGGCUCAACCCUCCUUGCAUCCCUUGAAUGCUCCAUCGAAACCAAACCUCAUAGUACAAAAUGCCCAAACCAAAGAAAGCCCCAGCAACCAACGGCAAGCCAGCUCACGCUUCCACACCAUCAGCAGCAGCAGCAGCAACACCCGCCAGCAGCGCCCCGCCCUCCUGGCCCCCCUUCAAGCCCUCUCUCCCCAUCACCGACCUCACCUUCGACACGCUCGUGGACGACAAAGUCGUCGUCCUCCGGAACUUCUUCCCCAAAUCUCUAUGUCGCGAUUACGUCUCCUUCCUGAGCACACUCCCGCUAAUCACCACGCCUGGGAAACCCAAGCGGGGGAUGGCGGUGCGAGUCAAUGAUCGGUUCCAGAUUGACGAUCAAAAUUUUGCGGAUAGGCUGUGGUAUGAGACGGGGUUGAAGGAGGCGGUUUUGGGGGGUGGAUUGGAGCAUUUAUGGGGUGGUGAAGUCAUUGGCCUGAACCCAAACAUCAGGAUAUACCGAUACACAAAGGGGCAGUUUUUUGAUGCGCAUUACGACGACUCAAACAAAAUCACCCUCACCCUCCCCCCCUCUGACGAUAUCCCGAGCCCGAACCGACAACAAGUCCCCGCCAAAACGACCUGGACCUUACUGCUCUAUCUCACCUCCGCCAGCGAAGGGUGCAUAGGCGGCGAGACCGUCUUUUACCCUCACGACCGGCAGGUGGCAAAGGAAGCGAUUGCCGUAGCUCCGGAGACGGGUAUGCUGUUGCUGCAUAAGCAUGGGAAUGACUGUAUGUUGCAUGAGGGCAGGGAGGUGACGGCGGGCGAGAAGUGGAUCAUUCGGACGGAUUUGUGUGUCGCUAGGGGAGGGAGGUAAAAAGCGUUUGCGCGAGAAGGUUGAGGCGAUGAAUCUUGAGUCCUUUCACCACAGUGCUCCAGAUUAAAGUAAGUCGUGAUGGGAGGAAGGCACCAAGAAGUCCCACGGAAUUUGGAGUUUGGACAUCUCAAGUAUCAACGAAUACCGGAUUGCAGAGAGAGACACAAACUGGAUGUGCGAGUAGGGAAAGAAAAAAAGAAGAGAGAGAUGCAAAAGAAGGAGCAUGGUGGAAGAUGAAGAGGGAAAAAAAUGUGCCAAAAAAAUAUUGAGACUCGGAUACCGGGAGUCGAACCCGGGGCUGUUGAGAGAGCAGUCACUCCUGAGAAGUGAGAGUCAACUAUGUUACCGCUACACCAUACCCGAUUGAACUGAUAUGGUCCGAUGUUGU